AUGUCGCCAGCAACCAAGUGCACGAAAUAGAGUUACGUUCACAUACAAAAGCCGCACAGCAAUCCAAGUGAAGGCCAUGCUGUCUUGAACAGCUGUCCAAAUGUAAAGAGGUAAUUCCACCAUGUGAUAAGCAUGACGUAACGUGCUACUGUCUCCAUGUUUGCCGUGUGCUAGUGCAUACAGUAUGUUGAUAGCCUUAAGAUUCAGAGACAUCAUCCACGACUUUGUUCAGCGUAGAGUCCUCACGUUUUCUCCGCAUUCAGCACCGCGUGAGUGCGUAGACAAUGGCGGGGAAUGAAUUUAAAGUACUCUGCAUUGGCAAGGUAUGCCUUGACGAACUGCUGUACUGCGACAGCUAUCCCGUCGAAGAUACAGUUUUAAGAGUCCUUGAUCGGAAGUUGAGUUCAGGAGGCAAUGCUGCCAAUAACUGCAAAGUUUUGGCGGAAUUGGGUGUCAAAAGUGAUUUGUUUGGGACGCUUAACGUUAACUCUACAACUGGGAGCCUCAUUAAAGAAGAACUGGAGUCGUUUGGCGUCAACGUGAAUCAGUGUGAAUUAAUUGAAGGCUGUGAAAUACCAAUAGCGAUAUCCAUCGUUAAUGAAGGAAGUGGAUCGCGAACAUUCCUGUACUACACAGAGGACUGGCCGGAGGUUUCGUACGAAGCUUUCCUAAAAAUAGAUUUGUCACAAUAUUCUUGGAUUCACGUAGAGAUGCGGAAAAAUGACCAGCUGAAGCAAAUAGUACAAAGGAUUACUGAAUGGAAUUCGAAACGUGCGGCUUCUGGAAAACACAGUCCAGUUCCAGUGUCUCUGGAAGUAGAGAACAACGAUGAUCGGUGUCUGGAAGUCAUGCCACUUGCUGAUUUCGUCGUCGUCAGCAAAGACUUCGCUAGGAUUCACGGAUACAACUCAAUGCCUGAGGCGCUGGAUGGUCUUUAUGGACGUCUGAAACCUGGGGCGACGCUGGUGGUGCCGUGGGCGGAAGAAGGAGCGGCUGCCCGAGGUCCUGAGGGCGUGUUCUUCUCGCCCGCCUUCCCUCCGGAGCGCGUGGUGGACACGCUGGGAGCGGGGGACACGUUCUGCGCUGGCCUCAUGCUGGCCCUGGCCAGGGGUCGGCCGUUGGAGCAGAGCCUGCGGUUCGCCUGCCAGGUCGCUGGUACCAAAGUCGGCAUGCGUGGCUUCCGAGGUCUCGGGGAUCUGCUCAGGCAGCGAGGCGUUCGGAUCGAGUAGCCGCCAGCUUCGCAGAUUACACGGUUCUGCAGCGUCAGCAUCUUCUUCGUCCAUAUCACUUCUUGUGUUACAAAAUAAACUUCACUGACUCUAUA